AUGCAAGGAUUAUCCUAUUUUAUAUUACUGUUUAUACUGGCCUUUCAUAAUCUAUUCAUUCAAACCUCCAAAAUAUCAGAUUUUAUUAAAACCUGUCGACAGCAUAGUACACGACAGACACGACAUCUUGAUGCAGCGUCAGUGAUGCUUAUGAAUCAAAACUCGAAACCUUGUUGUUUACCAAAAGUUUGGAGAGCACGUUUUCGUGUACAAACAGUGAAAGGUGGUCGUUACUUGAGUCGUCUUGAUCAUGGAGCGUUUCAUAUUAAUCAUAAUAAUGAUGGUACAGUAAGCAAUGCUUUAUUAGUUGUCGGUAGACAUAUUUAUUCAACAGAUUUUUGUAGUAUUAAUAAAACGCUUAAUUCUAUGAUUGUAAAUCAUCUCUGUCCAAAUGAUACAAUACGUUGUUUGAAUACACCAUUUAUUGGUGAACCAAGAUGUAUCACUGAAAAAGAUGGUUAUAUGCUGAAAAGAACAAAACGACUGCAUGAACGUGGACAAAUAAAACAAAUUUGGUAUAUUGAUAAAUUUAAUGAAAUAUUUGGUAAUGUUGAAAGACAUUUAUACUAUGUACUACGUCAAUCUGGAUUGUGUAAAUUAUUACGUUAUCAAAUACAGUGGGGAAAGUAUACAAUGCCAUGGAAAAAUUGUCGAUUAUUUAUAAAAAGGGAACAAACUUAUACACCAAUAAAUGGAACAUUUCAACAAUAUUUUAAUCAUUCUUUAAUGAACGAUCUGUUAUUUUGUUAA